UCAAAGGAAGUGUUUAUCUGCUGGACUUUGCGAAGCGAGAAGAUAAAACAUGGCCUUUAUACAUCGUUUCUUGCUGUUCGGGGCUUUAUCGAGCAGUGGGAUCAUUGGUGCAAUGUCUGCACAGCUCGAGGACUGGCAGUUGGCCAAAUCUAUUUAUGAAUUUACGGUCACGGAUAUAGACGGCAACGACGUCCUGGAAAAAUACAGGGGGAACGUUGUCAUCAUCACUAACGUUGCCUCAAAGUGAGGCAAAACCCCGGUAAACUACUCUCAGUUUGCAGAAAUGCACGCCAAGUACGCUGAGAGAGGUUUAAGCAUCCUGGCCUUUCCAUCCAACCAGUUUGGAAAUCAGGAACCAGGCACAAAUUCCCAAAUCAAGGAUUUCGCCAAGUCUUACAACGCUCAUUUUGACAUGUUCAGUAAGAUCGAUGUGAACGGCAACUCUGCAAACCCUCUGUGGAAGUGGCUGAAGGAACAACCGAAUGGGAAAGGAUUCCUUGGAAAUGGCAUCAAGUGGAAUUUCACUAAGUUCCUUAUUAACCGCGAAGGCCAGGUUGUGAAGAGAUACUCCCCAUUACAGGAUCCAAGCGUGGUGGAGAAGGACCUGCCUAACUAUCUCUAAGGAUCAUCAGAUUGCUGCCCCUCUUCAUUCUCCCCGACCGACCGCUGGGUAACAGUGCUGUCCUCUCACGGACCAAUGACGGCUUGUUUGGAAACCCCUCUUGAGGAAAGAACAGGCCUGAUGCAUUUGGCGUGCAACCCCUCCUGAGAGCAUCACCAGCGCCCAGCGUCAGUCUGGAGAGAGACCCCGCUCCUUUAACUAACCCCUCGGCUUCGAAAUGGAAAUAUUUAGAACUAGUGUUACAUUUCUUAAUAAAUGCGCAAAGAUUAAUUUGAA